AUGCCGCCGAUGACUGCAGCUGAAAAGCAGAAAAAAUAUCGCGAUAAGUUGAAAAAAGAAAACCCUAAAAAGUAUGAAGAAAUACAAAAGAAGGCCAAAGAAAGACCUGCACGUUACUAUGAGAAAAAAAGAGUACCUAUACUGAAGAGCACAAACAAGAAUUACGGAAUAAAUGGAAGGAAGAUCGGAAAAAAGCAAAAGAUGCAAAAAUGGCAUCACAAAAUGAACCGGGUACGGCACAUACUCAAAUUCCAAGCAAGAUAA